AUGGCAUUUCUGCUAAACCACAUGAAUAAGCAGCAGAGGAAAGAUGGCCUUGAAGAUAUUUUUGGUAAUUCUGGUACCCUCCAAGUAAUAUAUGCAUUUAUUCCUACAACAACUGAAUUUGAAUAUCUGGAUAAAAUGAGAUGUUUUCGAAAGCGUUCAGCAAUACCGUUCCUUGGAGUUCUAAUAUUUUGCCUCCUUUUCAUGAACUUGUACAUCGAGGAUGAAUAUGUUGUGGAAGAAGAUAAAAGAGUUAAAGAAGGUUCAACUCACCAGUUCAAUUCAGAUCAAUAUGUCCAUACAAUACGAAAUUUCUCUAAUUUCUCAUCAUCUAUAAAUGUUACAUAUAGCAUAUUAGCUGGAAUACCUGUUUCAAGAAAAAGGUUCCUUACAAUUGGACUGUCUUCUGUGAAAAGGAAGAAGGGGAAUUAUUUACUUGAAACUAUUAAGUCUAUAUUUGAACAGUCAAGUUAUGAAGAACUGAAAGAAAUAGCUGUAGUUGUUCAUUUAGCAGAGUUUGACCUGAGCUGGUGUGAAAGCACAGUGCAAGAUAUAUCAAGAAAAUUCUCUCAUCAUAUUAUUGCUGGAAGACUAGCAAUUAUCCACACUCCAGUACAAUUCUACCCAGUCUUAGAAGGUCUGAAAAGAAAUUACAAUGACCCUGAUGCCAGAGUCAAAUUUAGAUCCAAACAAAACGUUGACUAUGCCUACCUAUUAAACUUUUGUGCUAACCUCUCAGAUUAUUAUCUCAUGCUGGAAGAUGAUGUCAGGUGCUCUAAGAAUUUUUUGACAGCAAUUAAAAAAGUUAUUAACUCACGGAAAGGUUCAAACUGGGUCACCUUGGAGUUUUCAAAGCUGGGAUACAUCGGCAAGCUCUAUCACGCUUAUGAUCUACCACGUCUAGCCCAUUUUUUACUCAUGUUUUACCAGGAAAUGCCUUGUGAUUGGCUGCUUAUUCAUUUUAGAAGUCUUCUAGCUCAGAAAGAAGCAAUUCGAUUCAAGCCAUCACUUUUUCAGCAUAUGGGAUAUUAUUCAUCAUAUAAAGGUGCUGAGAAUAAGCUGAAGGAUGAUGAUUUCGAGGAGGACUCAUUUGAUAUACCCGAUAACCCCUCUUCCAUCCUCAACACAAAUAUGAAUGUCUUUGAAAAUUAUGAUGUCCAUAAAGCAUACAGCAGUACAGAAGAAUAUUUCUGGGCAAAGACUCCUUCUAGUGGGGACUUUUAUCAUAUAGUGUUUGAAAAACCUAUCAAAAUAAGCAAAAUUAAAGUCUGCACAGGAACAGAAGAUCGCCAAAAUGACAUCUUGCAUCAUGGAAUAUUAGAAGUUGGAGAAAGACUAGUUGGGAGUAAAAGGAACAAAAAGUGUACUACUUAUCUUAGACUGGGUGACUUCAAAGAUGGGAACUUUGAAUUGGACAGCAUAGAUCGUAAAGUUCUUUUUAACAUUGACUGUAUUCGAAUUCUAGUGACUAAAAACCAAAAUGAAUGGCUUAUUAUUAAAAGUAUAAGUGUUUGGACUAUUGACGCAAAUCAAUGAAACACUGAUUUUUCUUCCUUAUGGAAGAAAGACACUUCAGUUGAAUGCCAACUGGCUUAUUUCCCUAAUGGACUCCUCUUUUGCUAAUGUGUUAAAUUAAAGUGACAAAUCGGAGUAAUAACUAAAGUCAUAUUUUUUUCUUGUAGCCCAGGGAUCCUGGAUCUUGCAUUCACAUCAAAUACCCAACCAUGUGCAGCAGUAUUUACAAAAAAGUGGGCUUCUCUUACACAUGACUGCGUAGUUGAAGUAAAUGGCAACUCACUAAACUGAUUGAAAAAAAUGCUACUUUAGUUAAACAACCCCAUUAUUUGGGGAAAAGCCUAUUUAUAUUUUACAAUUUCUGUCAGGCAAAACAUUUAGUUUCUUGGU